AUGUCAAAAAUUACAUUGGCGAAGACUUUUGUGGUCAGCCGGAGGAAAGAGAUUAGGGCCAUGAUAAGAAUUCGAACAUCCAGAACAACCGACAUUGCCCUUAAUAUGAGUUGGUAUGAUGAGUGGCUUUCUCAGCAAUUGGAAAACCUUCCUCCUCUCCUACAACAUCUCACGGUUGCAGGAGAGUCACCGGUAGCAAAGCCCCAAAUUGAUAGACUCAUCAGCGCAAUAGAGGAAUUCAUCCUUCAAGAAGACGGACCGACUAUAGAUGAGAUCAGGAAACACCUCCAAAACACCGAAAUUUUUGAAAGGUCCGAAGAGAACCUACCAGCUCAGAAUGUAUUAAUAUUUACCAUACUUGGUUGGCGUUCGAUGAUAUAUCAGGCAUCGUUAAACACCUGCUCUCCUCAUUACUUCGAAAUACACCAAGCGUCCGAUCAACUAGGACCAGGGCUUGUGUUUGACACCUACAGGAUGGAUUCUUUUAUAUCAAAUCGGCCGCUUUGGGUGCUAAUGAAGGCAUUUGGAAAUACACUGCCAACUCGAGCUUUGAAUGAACCAACGCUUGCAAGUGAAAGCGGGAAGUCUGCGUUGAACUGGGUACCAUUAUACCCGGCAGAUACCAAUGCAUACCUGUUGACUGCCUUGCUGGGCGUUCGGAUUAGGUGGGUUGAUAUGCUGGCACUACAUCUUGAUUACGAUAAAUCGACGAGGACGUUGUCGCUGUUUCGCUAUCCGUCUUUUUGUCUACAGAUGCUUUCCUCCGAGAAAGGCGCCAUAUAUAGCUUCGCCUGCAACGCUCGCCAUGAUGUAGAUCCUCGCGCGGAUAAAGAGGAGAUUGCACAUUUACUGGGUGAGGUCCUGUUAUCGUACAGACUUCUUUUUGCACAGUCAGCAAAGUCCAGGAGAAUUUUCCGACAGUCCUUCCGUCUUCAUAGCGAGGAAGGCUACCCAAUUGAUUCCAUGCUUCCAUUACUCUGCACUCGCAAGCAGCUACCUCCUGUUGAUGAUCUUAGCCUACCAGUAGACAAGCUGGUCUAUUUUGCCUCUCAGGACUUCCCCAUUUUGCAACAGAGAAUCGAGAUUAUUGCAAAGGAACUCAAGGAUAAAAAGCCUACCUCGAUCGCCGAUCUCAUACGAGACCGCAGGGACACUCUGCAGUUCUUAACAUUCUGGCUGGUGUUAAUUUUUGGUGGAAUUGGGACUUUGCUGAGCUUGAUUCAGGUCUUACUGCAGGCAGUACAGCUUAUACAAAGCUAG